AUAUUUUGUGACCAUCCUCUAGACCCUUUUCUACGCUUCUAACCGUCUUCAAGUUGAUCGUGUUCCGUAGUUUUUUGUGUCUUUUCUUUUUGUUUUGUUUUUGACCUCUUCAUGAUCGGCUCGACUGCAUUUUUCUCAUGUUGAUGUUUACGCUGCUGGCUUUUGCACACGCUUGUGGACAGACUUUAAUGUUGAGAAUAGCUUUUUGUAGAUGUAAGCUAGCUGCCUCCGCUAGGUUCCAGUCUAUCUUUACCACACAAGUUCCAUCUAUUUACUGAAGAGUCCGCUUAGAGUCAAAGUCUUGUCGUUUUACUUGAAGCCAACACCGGUCCGAUUACAAUCAAGUCAUGGAUGGAUGGCAGAACGGAUGUAGUAAACUAUGAAUAAAAUGUAUAGUCAUUUUUUAGCUUGUAGUUUGGCAAAAAAUGGAUCCAAAAGUCGAUGGCACUGCCUUCCGGACCAUUGGUGACUGGUCUGAUUAUCUCUCAAGUUCAAAAGCGAUGCCGUUGCAGCAAGAAUCUCAUAGCUGCAAGAUUAAGUUAAAUUAAUUUGGAGCUGAAUUGUCUCGUGAGUCAUGAAGAACGAAUAGCAAAAGUCAAGGGAUUUCGGACAUUUGGAGAGAGGAGAGCAUGAAGCAAUGCUUUAUUUAUUCUCAAAGCAAGGCAUAACAAAAUCUGCAAGAAAAGUUGAUCUUUUUUAGUGUCACAGAAUCGUACAACAAGCAUUACGAGGUGGAAGAUGUUCGAUUCUGUCAGAGAGACAGACAUUGCGCUAUACUCAAGUUCUCAACCUGUCAUGUAUAUUUCUGACAUGGCACGCUGUUAUGCCAUAGGCUCCGUGGCCUCUUCUUGUACAAGUUGUUCUGUUAAUACGUUGGUUGAUUUUAUCGAAAAAAGGCGGUAACCUGUCAACCAUGCUGAGUUUCAUUUUGCCUGCACUUAUGUUCUAUUUUUUAGGAUGAAAUGGGAAUCAAUCUACCACACAAAAAGAAUUCGAAAAUGUGAACUUUUCUUCUAUUUUUUGUGUUUAUUUUGUUGUGCUGGAAUCCUAUUAGUCCAUUUAGCCAUAAUAAUUCUGUCAAUAAAUGAUUUUGUAUUGAGGCAUAACCAUAAAUUUUGGAUCACUGGACUUAUUUUUUGAUUCAUGAUGAUAAUCUGCUGAUUUUAUGUCCAUCAUGUGAUUUAAUUCACUCCAAAAACACCAUCCCACUUAGAUGGCUUAAUUUCCAGAAGUUACUCCCCCCCUUUUCUCCUCAUAGCAAGAGAUCAAUUACAGCCACUCAACUCUCACUGGUGAAAAACCAAGAGGCGAAAAAAUGGUGGCACUCCAGGAAAAAUAGAAAGGUUUCAUUUGCAAACAUCCCUCUGCAAUUCUGGAGGGGGGUAUAGUAGAGAAAGAGAGAGAGAGAGAAGCGAAGACAUAGAUAAUGGAUCGUGUUGGUGCCGUUAAUGGCACAGAUCCAGAUUGCCCUGGUUUUAUUUCAUAUGCGGUAAAAAAUGUAGCAGGAAAGGUAAUUUCCAUCGGUCUGGCUUUUGUUUUCAGCAAUCUUUUACACCAACUUCUAAAGCCUCUAUCCCAACCACGCAUAGUUUCUGAUAUUGUUGUAGGCCUGGUUCUUGGCAACAUAGGUGUGAUACGCCGAGCUUUCGACGAGCAGUUUAUUGCAAUACUAAAUUCUAUUGCCGAGUUUGGUAUGAUGUGUUACAUGUUUGUGCUGGGGAUGGAAAUGGACCCAUAUGUAAUCUUUAAAGGACCAACAAGAAAUGCUCUGGUAGCCUAUGCUGGAAUGGUGUCCACAUCCGUUUUGGUCGGCAGCAUAAUCCCAUUAAUGAACUAUUAUAAACACCCGAGCAUUGGCUUCACCCUUUCCCUCUCUAUCAGCCUCUCUGGCAGUGCCUCCCAUAUACUAACUCGCCUUAUAACUAGUCUCAAGAUAGGCAAGUCAGAUAUAGGAAAAAUUGUGAUUGCAGCAGGAGUGCACUCUGACAUGAUAUCCAUGCUUCUCAUCUCUAUUGGAUAUCCUUUCCUCCAACUCACAGUCGCAGUUACCGAUAUUGCUGCAAGCGUUAGAAUGACCUUGAUUAUGGCUGCUGCAUUGCUGCUCCAGAUACUUUUCACUGCCACAGUUUCACCUAUCUUUAUGAACUGGGUCAACAACGAAAACCCUGAAGGGAAACCCAUGAAAGGUUCCCAUUUGGUGCUUUCCGUUGCCUUCAUGGCUUUUGUUUGCAGUGUCGCCCCGAUUUAUGGAUACAGUCCCAUUCUCAGUGCAUUCGUGGCUGGAGUUUUCAUACCAAGUAAGGGGAGAGUAUCAAAAUGGGCAAUUGGCAAAAUCAACUUCCUGUUACCUACCAUUUUCUAUCCAGUGUUCUUCUUUUGGAUGGGGUAUCAUGCUAAUAUCAGUAAAUUUGAAGCUGGCAAAUGGGAAAUAUGGCUAAGGUUUUUUGUCCUUGCAGUCAUUACAAUAUUUGGCAAAGUGGUCGGAACAAUCAUAUGUGGAGCAAUGUUAGGUUUUCAUUGGCGUGAAUCUGCUGAACUCGGUUUCCUUCUAACUGCAAAGGGCCACUUUCAUGUAUUUCUGGCGGUUGUUGCAAGCCUGUUAGGUAUUACAACUAUUUCAACUUGCAUUUCAAUCAUUAUUGUGAUCUUCCUUUCGGUAGUACACACCCCAACAGUUGUGUCAAAAAUCAUCAAACGUGCGAGGAAACUUGCACCAACUCAACGAAUGGCUCUUCAGUGGCUCGACCCCUCAAGUGAGCUUCGAAUCUUGCUGUGUCUUCAUGGAGUGCAUAACGUGCAUUCAACCAUCAACUUCAUGGAGAUUUCUCGAGGGGCAUCUGACCCAGGAAUUCUGGUUUAUCUGACUGACAUGGUUGAACUCACAGAUCAAAUAGCUUCUACACUGGUUCAAGAAGGAAGGGACACUGUGACUGUGACUGUGAUUGACAAGGAUGUAACCCAGAUGAGAGAUCAGAUCACUACUGCAGUCCAAGCUUAUGUGGAGGAAAAUGGUGAUGGUAUCACUCUCGAACGAAUGCUUGCUCUCUCAAAAUUCAAUGGCAUGGCCAAAGAUAUCUGCAAUUUAGCGGAGGACUUGAUGAUCUCCCUCGUCAUAUUGCCAUUUCACAAGAACCUGUGUGCAAAUGGGACGGUGGAUGGGGGUAAUUCUGGUUUCCGACAUGUGAACCGCAAGGUGCUCCGGAAUGCCCCAUGUUCAGUGGGGAUUCUUGUGGACCGAGGUUAUGGAUUGGUAGAGGAAAUAUCAAGGUCGGUAAGAUCUUUCCAGGUAGCAGUCAUCUUCUUUGGCGGCAAAGAUGACAGAGAAGCACUAGCAUAUGCAGGUCGUGUUGCAGGACAUCCUGGGGUAAAACUCACUGUGAUAAGAUUCCUACUUGAUAGUGAUUCAGAGAACGCCUCUAGAAGAGCUGGGAAUUAUAGGAUAAAUGCUGCUGAGCAGGAAGAAGAGAUGAAGCUGGACGAUGAGUGUUUUGCUCAAUUCUACGAGAGACACAUCGCCGGGGGACAUGUUUCCUAUAAUGAAAAGCAUGUUGCCAAUUCAGCCGAGACCUAUGCUACUCUGAGAUCAUUGGAAGGACAGUAUGGGCUAAUAAUAGUAGGGCGAGGUGGGAGGGUGAACUCGAUAUUGACUAUAGGGAUGAAUGAUUGGCAGCAGUGUCCGGAAUUAGGCCCAGUAGGGGAUGUUCUUUCAGGGUCUGAUUCCUCGCACACAACCUCUGUUUUGAUCAUCCAACAACACAGUCUCAAGGGAGAAUUAGAUGGCGUAGAUGAUGAAUUUUCCAUAAUGUAAAUGCCUAGUGGGGUAGUUCUAAAAUUUAGAAAACUAAUUUUAGAAUAAGGAAAAUACUUGUUCUAGGAUAGAGCUCCGAUAGAAAGGGCAGGAAUCUUGCAAAUCAAAAGAUAGAACGUAAUCUACUAAUAUUCACUUGAUCAGAGGAAAAAAUGGAAUGAUUUUGCCUUGUGUUUUAAGAACUUGCUAAGGCUGAUAACAUAUCCUCUCUUCCAAUGGUGCUAUGUCGUAAUCUCAAGUAAAAGAGGGCAUUUCCUGCCACACACUUUAACAAGAAUCCGGCUCACGUAUGUGUUCCGUAUGCU